UCAGUCUUAUCUUAACAGUUCAAACCCCGCCACCCACCAGAAGAUGUCUCACGCUGCGGUGACCCCGCCGUAUUUUGCCACCGUCCGGUCGGCGGGGGACCGACCGGCGCAGGGAAAAAACGCCAAGGCGAAGACAGCGAGAACUCGGCGGAGCAGCGGCGGAGCUCCACGGGGAUUCGGCGGCGAGAGGAAGGAGCCGCGGUGGCAGUGCGUGCAGGGUUGCGGCGCGUGCUGCAAGCUCGAGAAGGGCACCGCCUUCCCCACCCCUGAAGAGAUCUUCCAGGACCCUUCUGAUGUCCAGCUAUACAGAAGCCUGAUAGGUCCGGAUGGAUGGUGUAUUCACUACGAUAAAACUUCGCGAACAUGCUCCAUUUACUCUGAUCGUCCAUAUUUUUGUCGUGUGGAGCCAGAGAUAUUCCAGAGAUUGUAUGGAAUUGACAAGAAACGGUUCAACAAGGAAGCCUGCAGUUGCUGCAGGGAUAUGAUCAAAUCGGUAUAUGGUUCACGAUCAGAAGAGCUGGAGAGCUUUGACCGUGCGAUAAAGAGUGCAAGUUCUAGUUGAUUAUCUGGGUUACCUCUGCCAUGGAUGCUGUAAGUGUCCUUCCCCCAGUGAAGCAAGUUUUUAAGCAGAGAAUUGUAAGAUUUGUGUAUUGUUCUAGAACACUUUUGUAGAGAUGUUGCUGGAGUGGUUUCUAAAAUUUGUAUAUAGAAUGGAUUUUCUCUCUUUUGGCAUGGAGGAUGGUAUCUUUCCUUA